AACUGAGAGAAGAAGAAGAAGUUCAGCUCGCCUCUCAAAAUGGCGGCUGAACCAACACGGGAGUGGAGCGAUGAGCAGCUCAAAAGUGAUGAUUUACCAAAAAAAGACAUCAUAAAGUUCAUUCAGGACAAUGCAGCCCACUCGUUUCUUAAUGAACACAAGCUGCUGGGAAACAUAAAAAAUGUUGCCAAAACAGCAAAGAAAGAACAACUGAUCAUUGCCUACAAUCAGCUCUUUGAAAGCAAAAGGUUUAAGGGCACAGAGCCAAUCGAGGAAGUGACUGAGCAAGUUAAAGCUGUGAAAAUUGAUGAAAAGCCCAAAGAAGUCAAGACAGAAGUUGUGGACGAGGGUCCACCAAAGUUCACAAAGUCAGUGCUGAAGAAAGGUGACAAGACAAACUUCCCAAAGAAAGGUGACACUGUGAGCUGCUGGUACACUGGUACCUUGGAGGAUGGAACUGUCUUCGACACCAAUAUCCCCGCAGCAGCGAGAAAGAAGAAGCAAACCAAACCACUGAGCUUCAAAGUUGGCUUGGGCAGAGUCAUCAGAGGUUGGGAUGAGGGUCUUCUAACAAUGAGCAAGGGUGAAACAGCUCGACUGGAGAUUGAACCAGAGUGGGCCUACGGAAAGAAGGGUGUCCCUGAAUCCAAAAUCCCACCCAAUGCAAAGCUGAUUUUCGAGGUUGAGCUGGUGGCCGUUGAUUAAACUAACAAACGUUGGCCAGCAUGCACUACUUUUCAAGGAUGAAGGGAAAAAAAACGAACUUGGUGGCCUUGCUGUAGAAGUCAAAAUGGCACUUGGAUUGUGUUGUGCCUGGUUCCAGGUUGUCUCCUUUGUCUCAUUUAUCAUUUUACGUACGACAGGAACGAUUAAGAAGAGGUCCAGUUAUUAAAGCGGUUUGCCCUAAACGUUAUGGCAUGUCAAUAAUGUACAUAUGAGACACCCUUAAACACUUUUCUCUGUACUUUGUUUUGCAUGUACAAUUUAAAUAAAUAAACCUGUUUCAGAGAUCUUAGUAAUUGUAAGGGUUUUCUUUCCUCUCCUCAUAUUAUUUUCAUCAACUACUUACUGAACGAGGACAUUUAGAUUAGCAGUUAACCACACAUGAAUGGCACGAGGAAUAGGAGGUCAUCCUAUGCAAUAAAAUAAUUUCCUGUAUGACUACAUCUAUGAGCACUGGUCUUUCUCAAAUGACAUUUUUUAUUACCUUUAUCAACUGAGCUAUGCAGGCAAUGAACUGCAAAGAUUUGUCACUAGUUUUAUGUACAACUUAAAUUCACUGUUUGAAGGAGCAUAAUUAUAUACACAUAAGUGCAAUGCUAUUAGAAAGCAAUUUCAAUAAAAGAAAGGUAACACCUGCACACUCCAAGCAAAGAAAGUUUAAUCUAGAGUUUCAUCCCCUACUCAGAGCUUCAUCAAGUCAGAAUAUUUGAUCUUAACGUCACUACCAUCUCUGUUCAAACUCUGAUAAAGAUAAAUCAAACUGUCCAGCAUUACCAUAAACUGUCAUAUGAACAUUUAAACUUACACCUUUCCUACAGGAUCAUGUACUUAAAAUUAAAUGCAGGUCUUUGUAAAGAAAUGGCAAAUAGCUACAUGUUUGAUUUUAGAAA